AUGGCCAAAGACGCCGCCGCUCCUCGCCGGGCGACGGCUGCUCGUUCGUCCCGAAAUGGCUUUGUCAACUCCUCCACAACAUCACAGCGAAGAACUAAAGCUGUUCAAGCUGCCAGCAAGCGCUCAAUUGGUACCCCUUCCUCGAGUAGCGAAAGCGAGCUCUCUUACAAUUCCCGGGACAACGAGGACGAUUAUGGUCAAUCGCGCUCGGAAGCAUCUGCUGGUCCUUUUGUGGCCUCAAGCCCAUUGAUCACCCGCACGGUGAAGUUGCGUCCUGCACGAACGCGAGAGAGCGAGCAAGUCACCCAAUCGUCUCCCAUUACCUACGCCUCCUCGUUCAGACAGCCAUCUGCUCCUGUCCGACGCGGUUACGGCAAGGGCAUGACGACUGGUAUUCGUCGAUUUAGGGCGCUGGGGGCAUCAGUCGGCAGCGACUUUGGCCUCCCGUCGAGAGUCUGGGAUCCGAGUCCAGAGCGCGAGGUGGCGCCUAUGACUCAGACGUACGACGACAGCGAUUUGAGCGAAGUUGACGAACCAGCACCGAUGGGCUCAGCAGGGCAGGACUCGUCGGGUGAGACUGGCAGAGUGUUGCAGGACGACGAGGACGACGACGAAAAAGAGAGAGCCGUGGAGUGGACGCGAAGCAGCGAAUCUGCGUCUGAGGCGCACGCCCAUUCGCCCUUCUCCGAGUCGUCUCGGGGCUCCCCUUCCAUCUUCGACUCGGCAAGCCGCAUUGCUCUAGGCUCCGAGUCUGCUCUUACUCCUUGCACGUCUCCACUGCUCAACGAUACCGCCAUCACAGACAUUCCAAAGCUCCCUGCCAAGGUCCUAGGUCGCCUCAGUCCUUCGACAUUGCGUCUGCUUCGAGCAGCCGCUGAUGGCAAGGAUGUAACGUCUCUCAACGACGAAGAGCUUAUCAUUGAGGAAGCUCUUGCGCCUUGGUCGUACAACUCGGACCAGCAGCAACCCCUGAGCUCUUCGCCUUGCUCCGUCUCAAGAAGGACUGCAGCACGCGUACCUCGCAGCCUUCGUGAGUCUGGGGUAGCUGGCCCGCGGGGCCAAACCUUCAGCGAUGGAUCAAGCUCGUCCAGCAGCUCCACCAGUCGUGCUCUGCUCAAUCGUGGUUUGCAAGGCUCCGCCACUCCACCGAGCCAAAGAAGCUUGCCAGCCUUGCCCGCCAGGCCAGCCAGUGCCAUGAAACCUACUCCCAAGUCAGACUACUCUUCCGGACGAGAACCCUUUGUGAGACUGGACUUGACGGCAGAAAGACUGCCAGCAAAGCAAGCGAUCCGCUUCUCGGUCCCCAAAAGCACCUCUGGAGGUAUCGGGGCGGAGGACGAUGAUGACGAACCCUCUCCCUUUGAGGCAUCAGAACAUGCGGACAUCCUCACUGCCCCUGUCGCAUCUGGACGACGCGAGGUGUCCAAGCCUUCGAAAGCUACGCGCUCGAGCCGCGGAAGGACGCUUAAGCGGACAGAGCCAGCUUCUCCAGUUCCGUUGAGCCUGCGCCAGGCAAAGAAGAAGCAGGCAAUCUCGGCAUCUCAGCCAGCACGAUCAAGGCGAGCAAGCGAGGCGAGCAACGUUUCGAGCAGCCCAUCAGCGGCGCGCCAGCACCAGAGCAAGCAUGUCAACAAGACCUACUCGCUGUCCACCAGACUCGGCUUGCCAAAGAAGAGCUUUUACGCGCGCAACAAGCGCGAAGAGACGAGUCCGACGCCCGAGGGACGAGUUCCGGAUCUGCAGUACAGCAGAGUGCCUGUUAGCAGCAAGGUCCGCUGA